AUGAUAUCUGGAAAGGAUUGGAUGGUCCUGAUUACCAAAUCGCAACACGAAGACAGAGGUAAAGUGCUUGUUCUGGAUCAGCGCCAACGAGAGCAUACCAUGACAAAUUCGACAUGUUUGAAGAGUACUGAUCAAUGUGAACUGGCAGAACUGACAUACGAGAUUAAGAGUGGCGAAAUUCACCAAGCAAGGGACUUCCACGAAACUGUGCGAUCAACUUAG